GGUCGCCCAAGCCUCGCAGAAUGCACGUCCGAGCGAUGGCAAGAGGCUGGAGCCGCCCAGCCGCGAGCUGCGGCAGGCGGCCCUGAGCUGGGUCGAGUCCUCCGGCCGCGGCCCGCCGGCUCCGGACGCCUGCCGCCCGCUCCGCAGCCCCUCCCCGCAGGACCCGGCGGCGCCCGCGGCGCCUGGCACCGGCGGCGGGCGGCCCGGGGAGGCUCCUCCAACGGAUGUCGCGAGACUGCCAGGGGUGGUGGACGUCACGGCUCGCAUGUAUGGCGACUACGCCAUCAUGAACGCGCUGCUGUGCCACCUGUACGGCAACACCCGACCCUCUUCGUCAGGGACGGGGAGCUGCCCAUGCUGCGGGUGGCCGCGCAGACGCUCGGGAGCCCGGAGCUGGCCAAGAGCUGCGAGGACCUGCAGCAGAGGCACCCCGAGAGGGGCGUCCCCCGCGGAGCGUCGCGGCCAGAGGCACUGGACUCGGAGCUGCCGCCAGCGUUUCCUUCGUCCGACCGGCUCCCAGAGCGCGGCGGAGGGAGCUGCGGGAGUGCCAGCAGCGCCAGUGCUGCCACGGGGACGGAGGACAUCCCCAGCGCCUGGGACCUCAAGUCCUCCGCGCCGUCCUCCGACCUGCACACGCAGAGCGGUGCAACGACUGGGGAUGAUUCUCGGCCCGUGCGGGUCACGUCGCGGAACGCCUUCGAGAGCUCGGGGCAGGAGGCGCGAGUCGGCCCCAUGGUCAAGCCGAGGGGGGAAAGGUCGUUCACCGACCGCCCCGCGCUGACCCCCCAGGCCACCGCGGGCGAGAAGGCGGCCGCCGCGGACGGCGACGGCGUCAAGAGAGGUCCGGAGACCGGAGGGGUCCGGCGCGUCCUCAGCGAGAUCAAGCGGAACAUCGUGGAGUCGUCGCGCAUCAUCGCGGACAAGACCUUCCAGCAGAUGUACGAGCUCGUGCCCGGCGACAGGGGCAUCCUCGGCGAGGGCAUCAACGGCCCCGUGCGUAUGGCGCUGCACAGGAAGACGGGGCGCGAGGUGGCCGUCAAGCGGAUCUCUUGCCACAACCUCUCGGAGCAGAGGAGACAGAUGCUUGUCUCGGAGGUUCGGAUUUUUCUUCAAGUCUCACAUAGAAACAUCGUGCAGUUGUUGGAGGUCUACGAGUCAGAGGUGGACCAGGCUGUCCUGCUUGUUAUGGAGCUCUGCACAGGCAAGGAGCUUUUCGAGCGUCUAGCUGAACGAAGGUGGUACUCCGAAUUCGAUGCUGCGCGGGUUGCGCGGCAAAUGCUGGACGCGGUGUCUUAUCUGCACACGCAGAACAUCUGCCACAGGGAUCUAAAGUUGGAGAAUUGGUUGUACGAGGACAACACCUCAGAGGCCAAGCUAAAGUUAUGCGAUUUCGGUUUUGGCCAGAUUGUGGAGCCGUCAGUGCAGCUCACUGCCACCUUGGGCUCGUUGUUCUACGUGGCCCCAGAAGUUCUGGAAGGCUCGUACGGGCUGCCAUGCGACAUGUGGUCAGUGGGUGCACGGUGGCGGAUUGUGUACAUGCUCCUGAGCGGAGUCCCACCUUUCGAUGGGAAGACAGACGCUGACGUCAUGCAGAAGAUCCGGAACGGUCGUUUUCAAUCCAGCAGCCGGCGUUGGGAGGGCAUCAGCGAGACGGCCAAGCAUUUCGUAAGGUCCAUGCUCCGCAAGGACCCGUACGAGCGCUUGACAGCUGCUGAGGCCGCACAGCACGCUUGGCUGAAGAUGGAGACCCAGCCGAAGCUGUUGAGCUGGCCAAAGGGCGGACCCGAUUCGGAGCUCGAACUGCCGAUCGACCGGGGGGUCGUUCGCGACAUGUGGAAGUUCGCGCAGAACAACGCGAUUACCAAGGCAGCUGCUGGCAUGCUCGCCCAGUGGUGCACGACGUCUUUUGGUGGCCGCGAGGGGGAUUUGGUUCUCUUGGAGCAGCGCUUCAGGAGCCACGAUGAAAGCAAUUCCGGCAGCAUUGGCGCGGAGUUCUUCAUCCAGGCGAUUAAGGAAACGUUGAAUUCUGAUUCUAUUGAGGAAAAGUCGUUUUUCGACCGCAUCGCAGGCAACCCGCCUGGAAACGAUCCUGGGCAAGGCGCCGACGGGCGGGGGCGUAGGCGACCCGUCAAUUACAACGAGUUCAUCAAUUUGACGAAAGCGAGGCGCAUGGCCAACAACACAGCAGCUAUACGGGAGGCCUUCCGCGCUAUCGACACAGUUGGCGACGGCUUCAUCAAAGAGGACGACAUGCACACCCUGUUGGGCGACGAGUUCAGGGCGACGAUCAACAACUAUGUCGACACGAGCGGGAAAGAGUUCAUAGAUUACCGCCACUUCGCCAACAUCGUCUCGAAGGAGAUGGCCGAAAAGGACGGCACGAAGCAGCUGGACAGCGUGGGCCACAGAAGCAGCACGGACGCGGCAGCAUGCGCCUCCGAGGACGAGUCCAGCGCCCGCGCUGGUCCACCCCCUGCGGCUGACAGCCUCGGCGACGAUGGCGCCCAGCCUCCGGGAGCCGCAGGGGCGGCUGGCGCAGCUGCGGCGAGCACCAGCAUGCAGCUCCUCCGGAUGCAGUCCGAGGCCUCCUCGCUGCCUGACGCGGACGACCUCCUGCCGAACCACCACGACGGCACGGACGCCGCCGGGGCCGCGCGGGCCGAGCGGGAGGCGGGCGCGGGCCCGGGCGCGCCGGGGAGAGAGCCCGGCGCCGCGGCGCCGGAGGGCGGCGCGCAGGCGGCGCAGGCAGAGGAGGACGCGGCGGCCGAGGACGAGGAGGACGCAUGCGACGCCGGCGCUGAGAGCGAGGAGGAGAUGCUCGUGAACGUGGACAACCCGACCGCUGGGGAAGCGGGCGGCGGGGAUGCCGUCCCGCUGGAGGAGAAGAAGCAGAUACUGGAGGAAGUGCCCAAGAAGGAUCACCGGUUCUCGUCGUUCUCGCUGUCGCUGGCAGGCUCUUCGGAGCUGGACGACGUCAACUUUGGCAUCAACCGGGUCCUCUCGAUGCCGUCGGACGUGUACAGCAUAAGGCAGCUGCCCGAGUUCCACAAGCUGGUGCUGCGGCCGUUCUACGCGGCGCGGCCCGUGAGCAACGUCGUCAUGGGCCUCAUCCGCGGCUCUUCGCUGUACGCAAAGCAGAGCGUCGCCGCCAAGCUCGCGACAAUCAUCCACACGGCCUGCGGUUGGUUCUUCAUCAUGCCAAACCCGAAGUACCACAGCCAGGUGGACAACCGGAAGGGGCUCCUGUCGAAGGAGACCGGCAAGUUUCGGUUUGUAGCAUGGUGGAUCCACCCGCGCUUCGUCCCGCAGCUCCGCGAGUGGUUCAACCACUUCACCUACGAGGGCAUGGACCCCGAGCGCCUGGAGCAGGGCCGCGAGGCGCGCGCCCGGCACGAGAAGCCGCGCGCGGCGGUGGAGAAGGCGGCGGCCGAGAAGGCGGCGGCGGCCGAGAAGGCGGCGGCCGCGGAGAAGGCGGCCCCCGCGAGCGAGGCAAGGGAGUCCAGCUGCGAGCCUGUGCACCAGGCGUCGGGCGGAGAUAGGAGGACUCCCAAGGACGUGGCCCAGCCGAAGGAGGUUAGGGAGGAGGCCGCCAAGGCGUCCACUGUCGGAGAAGCACGCAAGGACCCGGCCCAGGGGGAGGCGGGCAUGCCCGUGGGCUCCCCGGGGGACUUCCGCUUCAGCGACGUGCCCAAGCCGGAGAAGUAUUUGCACACCUACCGCGACCUCUACACGAAGGAGCACGUCGACAUGCUGAGCCAGCUGCAGGAGGGCGUGCAGCGCUUCUUGCGGAGCCUGUUCGACGAGAACUUCAUGGCCAGCGCGCAGAUCUCUGCCGGGUUCCACUACCCGGUGAGGACGCAGUACGCCACCCUCCACAUGCAGCUGCGGGUGAACUCCGGCUCCGUGUGCCGAGAGGACGGCCGCGGCGUCGAGGUGAGCACGCUGAUGGAGACCUUGAAACAGGACAGGCUCAAGUUCGAACGAGACGCGGAGCAGAUCCGCUACCACGCCACCGAGAACGUCAAGGUGUCGCUCCUGGCGGCCGCCAAGGAGUACGAGGAGCAGCGGGACGAGUGCGCGCACCGCCACAUCGCGCCCCUGGCUUUCGAGCUGGGCCGCAGCAGCAUGCCGACGAUCGAGGACGCGGGCGAGGACGACGAGGAGGAGGCGCCCGCCCUGGACGUCAGAAGAGCGGCCGAGCAAGGGGCGGCCCAAGUCCCGGCACAGCCCCGCGGCGCGGCCCGCACGGCCGCCCGGCACCGAGUGCCCGCAGCUCCCCCGCGUGGAGCUCCCGCCUGCCGCCGCGAGCCAGGGCGGCCCUGGGUCAGACCUGUGUGCUGGCGGCGCGCACGACGCCGCGGGCGAGGAGAUCUCGCAGCAAUAUCUGGUCAACCUGCAGCCGUCCCUGGGCUCGGCUUUCGCAAAGGCCCUGUACGACAAGAGGGCCGAGUGCGCCUCGGUGAUGGGCAUGGACCGCACGCACCUGUAUCCGCUGCACGUCUCCGUCACCGGCUUCUUUGACGCGACGCGGUCACAACUGGGGCCGCUCCAGAGACUGCUCCACGAGCUGCUCCAGUCGGAGCUGCAGGCGACGUCAGAGCGCGUCAAGGUAGGCGACGUCAUAUGCACGCCGACAGGCUACGUGCUCUUCGACAUGACGGCCCCCGCAAUCUCCAGGCUCUCCCGGAAGCUCGGAGAGCGCUCCCUGGCGGAGCUCGGCCUGCACAUCCGGCCCAAGGCCGUCAACCACAUCUCGUUGGCGUCUGGUCGACAAGGCGAGGCCGACCGGGAGAAGAUCAGGCGCAUCUUCGAGCCAUCGGGCAGCGAGCCCGAGGCGGAGCAGAUCCGGGAGGCUUACAGAAUGGCGUCCUUCGAUCUGGUCCUGUCCCGCCUCGUCGAAAGCUCCACGUACGAGCCUGGGCGAGACCAUCGACAGCACCAAUUCGAAGAAUGCGCAAGGAUGGCCGUGUUGAGGCUUGCAGACGGAGAUGUUACGUGACGCUCAAAGUCACGAAUAGUCAAUCCACAUGCCGUGAGGGAAGCGACGGGUAGGGCGCGAAGCCGUGACGUCACGCCUUCGGACAACAUGUCGCAUUAGGCGGAGACAUCUAGACAACGCUGGACGCCUUACCGCAGAAAUCAUGAUCUUCACGUGUGUCAUCCUGCGUUUUGCGGCAAGGCCAGAGGGAAUCAUCUUUGGACAGUGUGAACAGGAGCGGCUUUCUGAGGAGCGUAAAG